AUGACCGAAUGCCUCGCAUUUCCCAAGGAAAAACUCAACUAUUCUCAACAAAGUGUUGAAGUUCCGGGAACUCGUAAGGAGGGUCAAACUGGACACUACCGAAAUGCAAUUUGGCCUGAGUUGAUUACAUUGGAUUCGCCCCAACCGUUCGUCAAGCCACGGCCGUUACGCACCUUGGUCGACAUUUUUGAUUCUGGGCUGUACAAAUCACGCACGGAACCGUUUACUGGUGUUCGUCCUGUCCUUCCUGAUGGGACACUAGCAAAGCAUUUCGCCUGGAGCACGUACGCUGAGAUCGAUGUCCGCCGCCGCCGAGUCGGAAGUGCUCUGGAAGCACUCCGUCGCAAGGGUGAGCUGUGGCAAAACGAGCCAAAGUUACAAACUGUUGGUAUUUGGAGUGGAAAUAGGCCUGAAUGGCAAGUGAUCGAUCUUGCCUUGCAUGCGUACGGAAAAGUUGGUGUCAGCUUGUACGACACUCUUGGACCAGACAGCGUCGAAUACAUUAUUAACCACGCCGAGUUGUCCAUUGUGUUCACCACGGCAUCUCACCUCACUCAGCUAGUGGCCAUUACUGCUAAAUGCCCGGUGCUCAAGGUCAUUGUGUCCAUCGAUAAAAUAAGCGAGCAAACACGUAAUACAUUCUCGACGUGGGCAGCCGAACGUGGUGUACGCAUUACGACCUUGGAGGAUAUUGAAGAACUGGGGGCCCAGAACCUCAUCGCACCUUUCUCGCCCGAUCCUAAAUCAGUUGUUUCGAUCUGUUACACUUCAGGAACGACAAAUGUACCCAAGGGCGUCGUUCUAACCCAUGAGCAACUGACUCUAUCGACUGUCUCGUGUCUGCAUGGUGGUAUUUUCACGCCGGGAGGUGCCCUAUUGAGUUAUUUGCCACUAGCCCAUAUCUACGAGGUCACGCAUCGCCGAGCUCUUGUCUAUGCUGUCGGUGGUCGUAUCGGUUAUUUCUCUGGAAACCCACUUCUUCUACUCGAAGAUGCUCAAAUCCUGAAACCAACCUACUUCCCUAGCGUCCCCCGCGUCUUGAACCGGAUCUUUCAAGCUGCCAUCGUCAACGCCAAGGCUCCUGGCGUCAAGGGCAUGCUUUUCCGCAAGGCCCUCGAGACCAAACUCCACAAUCUACGCACGACUGGUAACAACGUGCACCCGUUAUGGGACCGCAUUAUUUUCAGCAAAGUCCAGGCCGUGCUCGGCGGGAACAUUACCAUGAUGACCUGCGGCAGUGCACCUAUUGGUCGUGACGCGAUGGAGUUCCUUCGUAUUGCCUUUGCGUGCGAAGUAGUCGAAGGAUAUGGAAUGACUGAGAAUUGCGGGACUUGCACGCGUGUGUUCCCAGAUGACCCGGCGAGCACAACAACUGUUGGCCCGCCUCAACCCGUCAACGAAAUCAAGUUGGUUGACGUGCCUGAGAUGGGGUACAGGUCGACCGACAAGCCCUCUCCUCGUGAUGAGGCUAACACCAAGAAGACAAUUGACGCCGAGGGUUGGCUGCAUACUGGCGAUGUAGGCAUGAUUGACACAUGUGGCCGCUUUAAGAUUAUUGAUCGUGUCAAGAACAUCAUGAAACUUGCUCAGGGUGAAUAUGUUGCUCUGGAAAAAGUCGAGAACGCAUACAGCACCUGCCCUGUCGUUGCACAGAUCUACGUCCACGGUGAUUCUAUGCAAGACCAUCUGAUUGCCGUGGUUGUUCCGGACCCAGCACAACUCGAAACCAUUGUUUCCAAAGCUGGCCUAAAAGGAAAGCCCCUUGAAGAAGUCAUCAACCACAAGAGCGUCGUUUCCGCCAUUCAGCAAGCGCUCAACAGAGAAGGCAAGAAACAGGGGUUGAACGGCUUUGAGAUGAUUAAGAACGUUCACGUCACGCUCGAGGCCUUCACCACCGAUAACAACCUCCUGACACCGACCUUCAAGGUCCGCCGACGGGAUGCGUACGCCAGGUAUAAGGCAGAAUUAGAUAGGCUCUAUGAAUUGGGACCACCAGCAAAACUUUAG